AGGACUAAUGUUAGGAAAGAAGUUGUCUGGAUCAAAUUGCCCUUCACAUCUCUCCCACAACUUCUUAAAACCUGUCCAGAGACAUGGAGAUGAAGAACCACAGCAGCAGCACAUCUGGUUUCAUCCUCCUGGGCCUCUCUUCCAACCCAGAGCUGCAGAAACCCCUUUUCGCCAUCUUCCUCCUCAUGUACCUGAUAACCACAAUGGGGAAUAUGCUAAUCGUUCUGGCCAUCCAUUCUGACUCUAGGCUCCACACCCCCAUGUACUUUUUCCUUAGCAAUUUGUCCUUCAUGGAUAUCUGCUUCACAACAGUCAUUGUGCCCAAGAUGCUGGUGAAUUUACUGUCAGAGACAAAGGAUAUUUCCUAUGUGGGAUGUCUGGUCCAGAUGUACUUCUUCAUGGCCUUUGGGAACACUGACAGCUACCUGCUGGCUUCCAUGGCUAUUGACCGACUGGUGGCCAUCUGCAACCCCUUCCACUAUGAUGUGGUGAUGAGCUCACAGCGUUGCCUCCUUAUGCUGCUGGGUUCUUGCACCAUCUCCCAUCUACACUCCCUGUUCCGCGUGCUACUCAUGUCUCACCUCUCUUUCUGUGGUUCCCAUGUCAUUAAGCACUUUUUCUGUGACACACAGCCUGUGCUGAAGCUGUCCUGUUCUGACACAUCCUCUAGCCAGAUUGUGGUCAUGACUGAGACUCUGGCUGUCAUCGUGACCCCCUUCCUGUGCAUCCUCUUCUCCUACCUGAGAAUCAUCGUCACUGUGCUCAGAAUCCCCUCUGCAGCAGGGAAGUGGAAAACCUUCUCUACCUGUGGCUCCCACCUCACUGUAGUGGCUCUGUUCUAUGGAAGUGUCAUCUAUGUCUAUUUCAGGCCUUUGUCCAUGUACUCAGUGGUGAAGGAUCGGGUAGCCACAGUUAUGUACACUGUAGUGACUCCCAUGCUGAAUCCUUUCAUAUAUAGCCUAAGGAACAAAGAUAUGAAAAGAGGUUUGAAGAAAAUAAGGGACAAAAUUCACUUGUGGAAAGAACUAAAUGAUGCAAUAUCAUAG